UUUAUAUAUACAGAUUUUCUCAAUGAUGUGUCACAUAGCCUGAAGAUUUCAUUUUUAUCAGUUAUUGGAAAUCUGCAAUCAUCACAUACUAUCAUGGCAAGCAAUGCAUUCAAGUGCCGGGUCUUGCUGCACCAACUCCCUGCAGCUGCCGUGGGGAGGGGCUGGUGUGCCAUGCCAAGCCUCGCUCAAGUGUGUGCUGAUGCUGGCAGUGUGAAGUGUGAAGCUUUGGAUGCUAGUGCUGCCUCCUCAGCCCCUGAAGUUCCAAUUGUAAACGUCAAAGAAGAGUUAGUGGAAGCCAUGGAGCCAGUUCAUGUGAAGGAGGAGCCAUUCAAUUGUGACGAAGAGGUACACGUGAAGUGUGAAGUUUCAGAUGCUGGGGCUGCCUCCUCAGCCCCUGAAAUUCCAAUUGAGAACAUCAGGGAGGAGCUGUUGGAUGCAAUGGAAAUUAUAAGCGUAAAGGAAGAGCCAUUCAAUUAUGAUGAAAAGGCCCAUGAGCUACCCAGCCCUGGUUGUGGGGACCCGCCAGUCCCUCCUCCCCCGCUGUGUGUGCCCUGCAAGAGGGAAGCGCCAAGUGAGGUUCAUGAGGCUCCCCACGCCCCCCAACAACCCUCAGCCAUGGCAGGAGUGACAGAAAAACAGCGCAGCAGCGGCGAGUUGUCUACGCCUGGGGAAGCUGCAGCAGCGGCUGGUGGCUGUGGCCAUGUCUCUGCAGCAGCGGCUGGUGGCGGUGGCCAUGUCUCUGCAGCAGCAUCUGGUGGCAGUGGUCACGUCUCUGCAGCAGCGGCUGGUGGCGGUGGCCACGUCUCUGCAGCAGCGGCUGGUGGCGGUGGCCUCGUCUCUGCAGCAGCNCCCCAACAACCCUCAGCCAUGGCAAGAGUGACAGAAAAACAGGGAGCUUUGGAUGCUAGUGCUGCCUCCUCAGCCCCUGAAGUUCCAAUUGUGUACGUCAAGGAGGAGUUAGUGGAAGCCAUGGAGCCAGUUCAUGUGAAGGAGGAGUUAGUGGAAGCCAUGGAGCCAGUUCAUGUGAAGGAGGAGUCAUUCAAUUGUGACGAAGAGGUACACGUGAAGUGUGAAGUUUUGGAUGCUGGGGCUGCCUCUUCAGCCCCUGAAGUUCCAAUGGAGAACAUCAAGGAGGAACUUUUGGAUGCAAUGGAGAUUAUAAGUGUAAAGGAAGAACCAUUCAAUUAUGAUGAAAAGGCCCAUGAGCUGCCCAGCCCUGGUUGUGGGGACCCGCCAGUCCCCCCUUCCCCACUGUGUGUGCCCUGCAAGAAAAAAGCGCCAAUUGAGGCUCAUGAGGCCCUCCACGCCCCCCAACAACCCUUAGCUCUGGCAGGGGCUACUAAAAAACGGGAAUUAUCCGUCCCAGGCCUGGUUGUGGGGACCCGCCAGUCCCUCCUCCCCCGCUGUGUGUGCCCUGCAAGAGGGAAGCGCCAAGUGAGGCUCAUGAGGCUCCCCACGCCCCCCAACAACCCUCAGCCAUGCACGGCAGCGGCGCACCGUCCACUGCUGCGCGAGCUGCAGCAGCGGCUGAUGGCGGUGGCCACGUCUCUGCAGCAGCGGCUGGUGGCGGUGGCCACGUCUCUGCAGCAGCGGCUGGUGGCGGUGGCCACGUCUCUGCAGCAGCGGCUGGUGGCGGUGGCCACGUCUCUGCAGCAGCGGCUGGUGGCGGUGGCCACGUCUCUGCAGCAGCGGCUGGUGGCGGUGGCCACGUCUCUGCAGCAGCGGCUGGUGGCGGUGGCCACGUCUCUGCAGCAGCGGCUGGUGGCGGUGGCCACGUCUCUGCAACAUCCAGCUCCAAGCAGCUCACCCAGAGGCUGCAGCAACAUAUUCCUGAUAAACGUGCAUGCAAGAGAACCUUUCCCUGUGCUGAUUGUGAAUAUGUUUGUCUUUCUAAGUAUAUGUUAAGUAGGCAUAUUCUUUAUAAACAUUCUGUAGAGAAACCUUUUACCUGCUCUGAAUGCUCAUAUGCUUGUAUCACACAACAGCAAUUAAGUAGGCAUUUUCUUUAUAAACAUUCAGCAGAGAAACCUCUGCACUGUCCUGACUGUAAAUAUGCUUGCGUCACACAACAGCAACUAAGUCAACAUAUUCUUUCAAAACAUUCAGGAGAGAAAUCUUUUACCUGCUCUGAAUGCUCAUUUGCCUGCGUCAAACAAGGAAAUCUAAGUCAACAUAUUCUUGCUAAACAUUCAGCAGAGAAACCUUUCACCUGUUCUGAGUGUUCAUAUGCUUGCGUCAAAAAACGCGAUCUAAAUUUACAUAUUCUUUCCAAGCAUUCAGCACAAAAACCUUUUGGCUGCACUAAGUGUAAAUAUUCUUGCGUCCAACGUCGCCUUCUCGAUCGACAUAUUCUCCGUAUGCAUUCGUGAGCAGGAUGUAGGAUUACAGCAUACAAGGCUUUAAUUUAGGGGCAGGAUUGCAGCAUACAAGGUAUUAGCUUCUGUCAGGUUGUCUACCGCCAUCUCCCUUACUUGUGUUAGCAGUUACUGCGUCACUUCCGUGACGUCACUAUUGUAUGCCUAUAUAAGCUCUCCGAGCAGACCU